ACCGGACUCUGCUACACCACCCUACUCAGCUUCUCUCUUCAUCUCUGAUGGCACAGUAUGAUCCGAAUGACCCUCCGUACUACUCAGUGGCAGUGCACACACAGCCCCCUCUCAACUUAUAUGGAGAGGUAAUCUAUGGAGUGAGUUAUGGAGUUGUUCAGACCACUGUCCCAAACUACAUCCCACAGAAUCCCCUGCCAGUGGCAGCCCCAGUCAUCACGCAGAACAGUUUCCCACCGCCUAACAGUAAGAAGAAGGAGUGCUGUGCUCACAGUGUCCAGUGUUACUGUGGAUCAGGGGCUACUGUUUUCUUGCUGGCCCUAAUUGUAGUGGCCAUCUGGCUAGGAGUACAUUAUGGCACCAGGUUGGCAACGACAGCUAUAAUCCAGAAUGCUGGCGGCAGGGAUCAUAAUGUUGAAGGUGCAAAGCAGUGGAGUAUAACAGAAGCUGAUUCCUGCUCCAACUUCACAGUGGAAUGUGACGCUGUCCGAGACUGCCAGCAGGGCAGUGAUGAGACCAACUGUGUGAGACUUGCUCAGGGUGGGAUACUGCAGGUCAGGACUGCUCAGGAUGGCCGGUUCCUCCCAGUGUGCUCUCAAGGGUGGGAUCAGAGCUAUGCUGACCAGACUUGUGGUCAACUGGGCUUCAGGCGGUCAUUUGGCUCAAAUACAGUGGAGAACCAGAUGUCUACUAUUCUAACUUUGCAAGCCAGAAUAUCUCCACUUAUUCAAGGUCUUGUCACUGUCAGCACUUCCUGCCCAAAUGAGAGAACAGUCACGCUUGAAUGCAUCGACUGUGGAAAGCAACAGGUAACUUCGAGAAUUAUAGGGGGCAGAGUUGCACAGCUUGGCCGCUGGCCAUGGCAGGUUAGCCUGCAUUUCAAUGGAAUGCACAUCUGUGGUGGAACCUUGAUCUCUCAAGACUUUGUGGUGACAGCAGCUCACUGCUUCCCAGAUUCGAAUCCUUCAUACAUGGAUGUCAGACGCUGGCAUGUUUAUACGGGCAUGGUUUCUCAGAACAAACUUCAGAACCCCUACUUUGUGAAGAAAAUCUUACUGCACAAUCAGUAUAACAAGAACACUGAUGAUUUUGACAUUGCUCUCCUGAAACUCACUAGUCCUGCUGAACUGUCAAGCACUGUGAAUCCAGCCUGUCUUCCUGCCUUUGAAAAGAACUUUCCUCAAGGAACAGAAUGCUGGACAUCUGGUUUCGGGGCAACAAUAGAAGGAGCAGACAUUGGCUCUGUGGAUCUCAUGGGGGUGGCAGUGAGCAUCAUUGAUGUGUGGGUUUGUAAUAGUAGUGAUGUCUACCGGGGACGAAUCUCUAUGAACAUGAUGUGUGCUGGUGACAUGCAAGGAGGACGGGACUCCUGUCAGGGGGACAGCGGAGGUCCUCUGGUGUGUCAGGACAGUGACCAGCGGUGGUAUCUAGCAGGCGUGACAAGCUGGGGGGCAGGUUGUGGACGGAGACAAAGGCCAGGUGUCUACAGCAAAGUGACCAGCCUCUUGCCCUGGAUCCAAAGUAAGAUGCAGAAAGAAAGACCUUAAUGUCAGCCUACAUUCACUCCUCCCAAAGGACUAUGGGACAUCCUUACAUGUUUCGACAGCAAUCUACAGCGGCCAAACAAGAGUACUGAUAGAUGAAGACCACAGAGGACAGAAACAGAUCAUGACAAUAAUGCACUUUGAAAUGGGAUGGUGAUUCUCCAUUGCAGCUUUUCCAUUGGGAAAUGGGUGCAGACUUUAAUACAGCUUUACGUUCUAGCUAGAGGGCACAAACACUACCUAUAAGUCCACAGGGCUGCAUUCGUGACUCUGCCAUGCUUAGUGAGUCACCAAGCUGUCCAUGAACAUAUGCUUUAUUGGAUGAAU